AUGGAAGUGGAGGGGCGUCGGGGGGAGGGGGAUCAAGAGGAGGAGGGAGAACGGGAGCUCGAGCUUGUCGAUAGCUCCGAGCUCAAUGGGAGUCGAGUCGUCUGCCAUGAGGGGGGAGGAGGGGGGGGAGGGGGUGACGACACCGGCUUGAGGGCGGGUGCGGUCAAAGAGGGGGGAGGGACGACACCACCUGGAGGGGUGGUGUGGUCACGUUGCGCGCGGCUGCACCGUAGUACCCGCGGCUGCGCUUCGUCACGUGUGACUGCGCUUUGUCGCCCGCAGCUGCGCCGUCCGCCCGCGGCUGCGCCUUGGCGCCCGUGGCUGCACCGUGUCGCCCGCGGCAGCGCUGUCCGCCCUUAUCGCGGCGGUUUAGGUCACGACGAGCGCUCGUGUUCGUCGUGGCGGAUGCGCCCGUCCGCGGCUGUCGUGGCGCGUGCGCCCGUCCGCGGCUGUCGUGGCGCGUGCGCCCGUCCGCGGCUGUCGUGGCGCGUGCGCCCGUCCGCGGCUGUCGUGGCGCGUGCGCCCGUCCGCGGCUGUCGUGGCGCGUGCGCCCGUCCGCGGCUGUCGUGGCGAGUGCGCCCGUCCGCGGCUGUCGUAGCGCGUGCGCCCGUCCGCGGCUGUCGUGGCGCGUGCGCCCGUCCGCGGCUGUCGUGGCGCGUGCGCCCGUCCGCGGCUGUCGUGGCGCGUGCGCCCGUCCGCGGCUGUCGUGGCGCGUGCGCCUGUCCGCGGCUGUCGUGGCGAGUGCGCCCGUCCGCGGCUGUCGUAGCGCGUGCGCCCGUCCGCGGCUGUCGUGGCGCGUGCGCCCGUCCGCGGCUGUCGUGGCGCGUGCGCCCGUCCGCGGCUGUCGUGGCGCGUGCGCCCGUCCGCGGCUCACGUGGCGGAUGCGCCCGUCCGCGUUCGCCGUGGCGGAUGCGCCCGUCCUCGUUCGCCGUGGCGGAUGCGUCCGUCCGCGUUCGUCGUGGCGGAUCCGUCCGUCCGCGUUCGUCGUGGCGGAUGCGCCCGUCCGCGUUCGCCGUGGCGGAUCCGUCCGUCCGCGUUCGUCGUGGCGGAUGCGUCCGUCCGCGUUCGUCGUGGCGGAUGCGUCCGUCCGCGUUCGUCGUGGCGGAUGCGUCCGUCCGCGUUCGUCGUGGCGGAUGCGUCCGUCCGCGUUCGUCGUGGCGGAUGCGUCCGUCCGCGUUCGUCGUGGCGGAUGCGUCCGUCCGCGUUCGUCGUGGCGGAUGCUCCUGUCCGCGAUUUUAG